GGUGAAGCCGUUUGCCGGGGAGCCGUGAGGGGAGAGCCCGGCCCGAGCAGGGAGCUCCCCCCGCCCCCCUCCCGCCCAAGAUGGCGGGGGGCGGGUCGGAAGUGACGGAGGGAGGAAGCUCCAUCCCGUUUGAAAGCGCCCGGCGGAGCCGCCGCCGCCUCCUGCUUCCCGCCCGGGCCGCCAUGGCCGCCUUCGCCAUGGAGCCGCCGCCCGCAGGAGCUGAGCCAAUGACUCUCGGCUCCCCGACAUCUCCCAAACAAGGAGCUGGUGCUCAGUUCCUUCCCGGGUUUUUGAUGGGUGACUUACCUGCGCCGGUGACUCCACAGCCACGUGCUUUGUGCGGCCCUUCAGUUGGAGUAAUGGAAACGAGGUCUCCGCUACUUGCAGGAGGAUCUCCCCCACAACCAGUGGUCCCCACACAUAAAGAUAAAGGCGGUGCUCCACCCGUCAGGAGCAUUUAUGAUGAGCUGUCUAGUCCUGGGCUUGGAUCAACACCUCUAACCUCGGGAAGACCAGCCAACUUCUCCUUAACACAGAGCCCAUCAGUUGGAAUUCUGCCAUCAACUCCAGGCACAGCUUCAAGCGUGUUCAGUCCUGCAAGUAUUGGGCAGCCUAGGAAAACUACUCUGUCUCCUGCUCAGCUGGAUCCUUUCUAUACUCAAGGUGAUUCCCUUACUUCAGAAGAUCAGCUUGAUGACACAUGGGUAACUGUAUUUGGAUUUCCUCAAGCAUCAGCUUCCUACAUUCUUCUACAGUUUGCUCAGUAUGGAAACAUAUUAAAGCACGUGAUGUCCAACACAGGAAACUGGAUGCACAUUCGAUAUCAGUCUAAGCUUCAAGCCCGGAAAGCCUUAAGCAAAGAUGGAAGAAUUUUUGGUGAAUCCAUCAUGAUUGGUGUCAAGCCCUGUAUAGAUAAACAUCUGCUAAAGGGAGUGAAUGAAACUCUUUGGCAAGCUGAGUCUGAGCAAAAGAGUGUGAUGGAAAACUCUGAAAGAAGCUCUACAUCCUCAAUGUCUUCGGUUUUCACUCCACCUACAAAAUCUACUGGCACACCAAUACAACUUGCAAAUAAUACUACAAGGAUUUCUACAAUGAGACCUCUUGCAACAGCAUAUAAAGCUUCCACUAGUGACUAUCAGGUGGUUUCUGACAGACAGACUCCUAGGAAAGAUGAAAGUAUUGUAUCCAAAGCAAUGGAAUAUGUGUUUGGCUGGUAAUAUCCCAGAGGCAGGAACACACUCAGCUGGUCAGGGUUGGAGCUGGAUCCGUGGUUAGUUGUAUAACUACAGGUGGUGUUUUAUCUCCCACAGCGCCUGUUAAAUGCCUUCAGUUAAUUCAGCAGACAUGUAGCUUGCACUUUAAAUGAUGGCAAUGUACACGUGGGUUUGCAAACUGAGUUAAGUGUAAAUAAAAGUGCUUUAUUCCCAUUUGUGCUCCAAUUGCAUGAUUGUAGAAAAUAUGUCAGCACUGACUUCUCUAUAAUUACUUUCUGCGAGUUAUUUCCCAGUAAGAUGGAAAUGCUUAAAAUGGCAGCUACAUUUACUGAUGCCUUUAAUUUUUUGGGUUUUUUCCCCUCUGGAGAGAUGAUGGGCUAUUUACAGGAAGAAAACUAUGCACAGCUGGCUCCCAGGGACAGAGUCUGUUCUUAGUAUGUGUCAUUUUAUUUUUUUAAAAUUAAGAUUCAUUGCUGUUUUAUAAUUAUCUCUGGCAUACUGUUCUAAAUGUCAUAGCAGCCUUUGAACUCUUUUUUUUUUAUUAAUAAAGAUCAAGUGAAGUUUUUUCCUUUGGUUGUUUUUUAAACAAGUAUGAGUUCUGUUAGGAAAAACUAUCUGCAGUGCUCUUAACUAUUAAAGAUGAUGCUGUCUAAUGUUUAUUGAAGUGUUAUCAGCAGAGGAGGUGCUGCUGAUUUUUACAAAGCAGUACAAACUGGAUUUCAAACUAGCUAAUGGUUAAAUGUUGCCUCUGUGGGUAUUUUAUAGCAGUGUGCACUUAACAGGUAACAAACUGUAGCAUUCUAAACUAGAAAACAUUGAGUUGAAGUAGCUAAAUAGGAAAAUGCAAUGUUUGGUGACCACAGCUGCUUUCAUUUCAAGACUUUUCUAAGAAAUUUUCUCUUAAGGUAUUGGCUGAAUUAUUUUUACUUUUUGAAUUGAACUUUUCCCCCUGGAAGUUUUGGAGAUGAGCCUCUCAAGUAAUCAUGUCUCAUUCAUCUGGGAAAAGAACAAUUUUUUUUCAUAAUACUUGGGAAACUACUAUUCCUUUAAUAACUUUGUGGCUGUGUUAGUGUGGUCAACAUCAGCCUUUUAGUUUGGGUCAGUAGUGUGUUGGUCAGGUGAAUCCAAUUAUACCCCUUUCCAUGCUUUGCUUCACACUGCAGUGUGGUCUCAAAGUUCUUCAGCUGCAUUCCUCUGAUAAAAUUAGAUUGCAAGAUUAGUCCAGCAGCAUGCCUGAUGUCCCUCAGGUGCUGAUGGGCAUCCAGUUUACAGGAUUAAGCUAGAGAUGGUCCUGACUAAAAUCCCCAAAGCACUUAGUGAGAAGUAAGGUUUCUACCUCGGGGCACUUUGUUCUUCACUGAACGCUUUAGAAGGAACACACCUGCAGGCAGAUUCAGAGAUUUUUGAGAUGCAUUUGAUGGAUUUGCUGGCUUAUGCUUUUAGAAUAUUGGUUGCUACUUGUCCAUUUGCAUUUGAUCAAAGGGAACUACUCAGACUUAACACCUGAACAUGUUUUCUCAAAAUACAUCUGGCUUUCUCUUGGCAAAAAGUAUUUGCCAUGCAUAUGACUGGAGAAAAAUAAAGGGAGUUCAGCUAAAUUCUUGUUUUGCUAGUUGCUUGGCAGAAUACAUUUCUGGUGUGCUGGAGAGUUGUGAUAUGUGCUGGAUUUGGUGUAGUGAAGUGAUAAUGUUGAACUUGGACCAAGUAAGUCUGAAGCUAAAUACGUAAGGAAGGAGCUGGAGCCCAAGACAGUAGUCUGGCUGAUCUGUUUUACAGAUUUAAAACUGUACUGAGUUGUUUAUCUUAGUUUCUUGUUUCUCCUAACUCUAGGAAUGACUACAGUAAUCAGUUGUUGCAGCUUCCUGUAGAGUAAAAGCACUUGGGAGUAGUGGAUGUAUGUAGUAAAUAGGGGAAGAAGGAAGCUCAGAACAUGUAAAUCUGUGCACUUCUGGACAGGAUCGUUAAGAAAUGAUGUGGCUUCUGCUGGUGAAGACUGCUGGUAGGACUUAAUGUGUUGUUUUAGUGUUGAGUACUAGUUAAACCCUGGUAUCAAUGAUUUGGGCUUGCUCAGUCUGAGAACAUGACAGUCCCAGAGUGCACCAACCACUGUUUGUGUUCCUGGUAAUAUAAUUAUUAUGUGGGUGUCCAGGGGCCACGUGUGGAAGGGCAGAGGCUGUUGAAGUCCAUCUGUGAAAAAUUUCUGAAACACUUGCAAGAGUCUUCAAGUCUUCAACCCUUUUCCAGGCCAGCUGCUAUUGUUGGGUAGCGCUGCAUUGGAAAAUCCAGUUCUGCCCCUUUGUUAUGGAGGAUCUGCUGCUUUGCAAUGAGGAAGAAUUCUCUUCUGCUAGAUGGGAUUUACAUUAGAGCCAAAGUUAUGGACCUCAGUGAUGAGAACACACUCAUGAAAAGGAGUUCUGAUUUUAGAUGUAUGGGGUUUCUUGUAAGACUGCACAUGACAUUUUUGUUUUUAGGAUUAUGGCUUUAGUUUAAAAUAAAACUCGGAAAUACAUAUUUGCUGCUGUCUGCCUGGAUCACAAGCAUGUUACUCAGGGAUCUAAUUCUCUUAGUAUAUAGAUCUGCACAGGUUUUAAAUUGUAGAAGGGUUUGUUGUAUUGUUUCAAUGACAAUUAUCCUACAAUUUAAACUUAUUUUUGGUGAAGACUUUUAUAACUUGGAGAUGGUCUUUAUUUUUUUCCUUCUACCCCUCCUCAGUUUAGCUUUCUAGGAGCUUUCAAAGCAAGUAAUUUGAUAAUUAAUUUAGGUAAUUAAUUUACACUAACAUAAAAUGAAGAUACUGCAUCACCUCUGCCUCUCAUUUCAAGUUGUAGGCAUCUACCUCCACCGUGUGGCAGUUCUUCAGAACUGUAAUGAGAGGUUUAACUGGUAGUGAAUGGAAUAUGGGAUCUGAAUUGGACUUCGGUUAGGAAGUGUGUAAACAAACAGUACUGUGAGAAAAUAGUGGUGCUCAAAUGUCCCUUGAAGUGGUUUUUUGUCAUAAAAGAAGAAAGCACAGAGGUGAGUUUACUGAACAGCUUAAUUUGUGAGUAAUUCAGACUUUUAAAUAUUGCAUCAAGGAAAUAGUUCCUAAACUUCAUUUAAAAUUUUGCCAGUAUUCACUCAUCUCCAUUGUGAGAUGGAUUAAUUCACCAAAUGAUAUUUUAGCAGGAUAUGCCACAAUAUCCGUUUCUUAUGUGAACAAAAUUGCCUUUUUUCUGGUAGUUUGUGUACAUGUGUAAAAAUACAACCCUUGCAUUAGUUUCCUUUACUUUGACAGUAGGUCACUACACCACAGAUGAGUCUGCAAAAAUAUGCUGCUUAACCAUGUUUAGGAACAAUAAGCUGCUCAGCUAUUGAGUGAGUGAAAUCAAAAUAAGCUGGCUCACAAACAACUUGGAACUGGGAGCUGGUUUAGUGAAUUUUGGACUGCAGGUGAGAAGGCUCUGGAAUAAACGUUCUAGAUCUCUAAUAAAAACAUCAGUCCUUGGGUUACUCCACAGCUUUGUGGUGCUGCCUUUUUGUACUGGUUUGGACAAGAGUAAAAAGUGUGCUUUUGGUGUGGUGUGUCUCAAGUAUCAAACUGUCAAACUUCUGCUAGUGUUUAUAAAUAAAUGUUCAGUCAGUGGAGUUACCUUUACAAAUGAAUACAUAAUUAAUAACUUUGUACAAAGUGUUUUUUGCCUUUAUUAAGGAAUGCUGUGAUGCAGGUGUGUGGUCGUGUCAUGUGUAUGAACUGUGCUUCUGUCAACAAAAUCACCUUUUCCACUUUUCUGCAAGUAGAACAGGCCUUGAAAUCAGGAGAAUGUCUGAGAAGCUGUAAAUUGUGGUGUCCUGUGUCAUCAGAUGUCUUGAUUCUUCAAGUUUGUCAGUUUUGUAAGUGAACUUUCAGCUUAAAUAAAGAGUUUAUUGCU